AUAUCGAUAGUAAGUACAUGUGACAGCUCGCGACAUAUCUCCGCAUGCUUGGUCAUAUGAUCUUCAUGAAAAAAGAGGCGAGUCAUAUGUGAGAUCUAGUUUUGAAUUAGACAAAUCGGUUUUUUCGCACGAACGUAUCCGAGGAAAAUCUCGUCGCAGAAUGAAGGGAUGCAUAUUUAACAUCGAUGGCGGCUACUUAGAAGGUCUGUGCCGUGGUUUCAAGUGCGGCAUACUUCAACAGAGCGAUUAUCUGAAUUUGGUUCAAUGCGAGACGCUCGAAGAUCUGAAACUACAUUUGGCUGGUACAGACUAUGGCAGCUUCUUGGCAAAUGAACCAUCUCCUCUCUCUGUUAGUGUGAUCGACGACAAAUUGAGGGAGAAACUGGUCGUAGAAUUUCAACAUAUGCGCAAUCAUUCUGUUGAACCCCUGUCUCAAUUUCUAGAUUUCAUCACUUAUAGUUAUAUGAUUGACAACAUCAUUUUGUUAAUCACUGGUACUUUGCAUCAAAGACCUAUUUCAGAAUUGAUCCCAAAAUGCCAUCCACUUGGUAGCUUUGAGCAAAUGGAGGCAAUCCAUGUUGCUGCCACACCUGCCGAGUUGUACAAUGCUGUAUUGGUAGAUACACCCUUAGCACCUUUCUUUGUGGAUUGCAUAUCUGAGCAAGAUUUGGAUGAGAUGAAUAUCGAAAUAAUAAGAAAUACGCUUUAUAAAGCUUAUUUAGAAGCGUUUUAUAAAUUUUGCAAAGAACUUGGUGGUACAACUGCAGAUACUAUGUGUGAAAUACUUGCUUUUGAAGCAGAUAGAAGAGCAAUCAUUAUAACUAUUAAUUCAUUUGGAACUGAAUUGGGUAAAGAUGAUCGUGCAAAAUUAUAUCCACGCUGUGGACGUUUGAAUCCAGAUGGUUUAGCAGCCUUGGCAAGAGCCGACGAUUAUGAACAAGUGAAGGCUGUAGCAGAAUAUUAUGCUGAAUACAGCGCUUUAUUUGAAGGCGCAGGUAAUAAUCCAGGUGAUAAAACCUUGGAAGACAAGUUUUUUGAGCAUGAAGUUCGUUUGAAUGUCCAUGCAUUUCUUCAACAAUUUCACUUUGGAGUAUUCUAUAGCUACUUGAAAUUGAAGGAACAAGAGUGUCGCAAUAUUGUGUGGAUCGCAGAAUGCGUUGCUCAGAAGCAUCGUGCUAAAAUAGACAAUUAUAUCCCUAUAUUUUAAAUUAAUUGAACAUAUUAAACAUUGCAAUAAUGUUAAUUAUAUUUACUUCUGCAACAAUGAUAAAGUAAUUCAUUAAUUUAGCAUUACUAAGAUCCAUUUUUCUUUUAAUCUAAUGUUGUGAAUUAUGUAAUAAUGUUAAUUAUAAUUGUCGUCAGAGGGGAAAGUUUCCUGAAAUUGUUUGAAAAAUAUUAUUCAGGAAAGCUGUCUUAGAAAAUUGAAAUAAUAUAUAAAUAUGUAUCUAUCGAAUAUUAAUAUAUUCGCAUGUGAGU